AUGGGUAUGGAUCUCAAUGGUGAUGGCUAUAUCGGAGGACAAGGAUUUAUGAGUAAACUGGAAAGAGCAACGCAUAUUGAUUUCAAUCGUGACAACAUUAUUGGUCGUCGUCCGGAUGUCUAUUAUGGUUACCCUUCUUUUUAUGGUAGUGGUUAUGGCGGUUAUCCUCCGAUGGGUUACGGUUAUGGUGUGCCUUAUGGAUACUAA